AUGAGUACUUCGUGGAUAAACUACGUGUAUAAACAGUUCACUGGGGAAGAAGACAAUGAACGCGCAACCAACUCAUUGGAUGUCCUUUCUAAAGCCAAUAUCUGGUUCACAGAUCUUCCAACAAAUAACUUAGGUCCGAUUGAGGAAUCAUUCGGGGCGCGCAAGAUGACUAAAAAGGUAGGUGCCUAACUUACACUUCUUUUCUUUUAAUACAUUAUUUGAAGACUGUUUAGAGUUGAGGAGACUGAUGGGACAAUAUGUCAAUCAGUUUUUAAGUUUAGGACUUUGCCUUUUUCUUUCUUUCUCUCUUUAUUUUGUACUCAAUCUUGAGAUGAAUCAAGCGCGCGGAAAUGCUCUUCAACUACGACGCACCGAUUUCGUUUUCUUUUGAACAACGUUAUUGAAGGAAAAAGUUGAAAAAAUUUCUCCCAUCUAUAACAAGUAAACAAAAAAGGCUCUAAAGGUUAGUUUGGCGAUCAUUUUGUUAUGAAGAGUAUUUAACCAUUUAAGAAAUCAGACUAAAUUAUAGCUGAUUUUGCAACACACGCAAUCUUUGUUCUUUUGUUUAUUGCGUGUUAUGCGCCUUUGUGGAGUUCUCAUGGUCGGCGUGCUUUAAAACGUCCUGGCUCGAUAUGUUAUGUUAUAAUAUUAUAUGUUACAAUGUUUUGUAUAUAAAACGUCAAAUGUACUUAAUCUUAUUGAACUAGGGUAAGAAGGAUAAAGAAUUGGAGGAAAAGAUGGCAGUCCUUGAACAACAAUACCAAGGUAAGAUAUCUUUUUUUUCCAACUUUAAUCCAGGCUGGUGGUCGAUGCAGACCAACGCAAUAGUGCGUGGGCGAAGAAAACGCUGGAAACAGCAGAGAUUGUUCCUCAUAUUUUUUAGCGCAACUCUCGCUGUUUUUGGACAACUCCUCCCCCCCCACACGCCUUUUUGCCUCCACUGUCUGAGAACUCAUUAAAGGUAAUUGCUCUCAACAAAGAGGAUAAUCAUCCAAUGUGCAGGCCUUUGUCGGUUUUUGUCGUCAAAUCCGCAAUAAAAUAAAGUGAUGAAGGUGUAUAACUAUCGAUUGACUGAGUAACUGAAUUACUCACCGAGUGACUGACCGAUCGACUGACUGACCAAGUGACUGAGUAACUGAAUGACUGACCGAGUGACUGACCGAUCGUCUGACUGACUGACUGACUGACCAACCAAUAUAUGGUUUGACUUAUCGACCGGAUGACUGAAGAAAGGACCACGUUUAUUGACUGUCUGUUUGUCUGUCUGUCUGUCUGUCUGUCUGUCUGUCUGUCUGUCUGUCUGUCUUUCUGUCUGUCUAUUCAGCCGUGAUCCCCGAUUGGUAUGACGUGUGAGACGUCAGAGCUUAGUCAGUUGACUAUUGGCUCAUUGCUUAUACUGACCAUCUAACUUUCUAAAGCAUAUCAGAGCACCAUUCCUUGAAUUCGGUUAGCUUUAGAGAAUCUAAGACAAUCAUACUUUCAGAGGAUAUUUGAGACAAAAAAUGCGGUUGUUCACCACUAAGCUAAGCUUUUAUAACUACAUUAGAGAGAGAGAAAGAACUCCUAAAAAGGAACUCUGCCUUGGAAAAUCAACUGAAAGAAUCACGUGACAAAAUGGACGAUCUACGCAUUCAGUAUGAAAAAGAAAACGAGUCUCUCCAGACUGAAAUUAAAGACUUGAAGGACACUCUACUUAGGAGAGAAAAGUGUCAUACAAGACAAAAAGAUCUUUUCAAAAAGAUGGCAGCUAAUGCCCAGAGUGAACUGGACAAAGCUCGGGCGGUCAUUUCAAAUCUCUCUGAAGGGAUGAAGGCCUGUGAAGGUAAGUCUUAUGCAUAAGGUAAACUAUUCAUUCAUUUUUUCUCAGUACAAAACUGAUCAUAAAACGUGCUUAUGAACUAAAUAUUGUUGCGUUCAAUCAAAAGUUUGGUAGAUAAGCACAGAUAAGCAAAAAAAAAACGUUACAAAUGACUAAACAACAACCCGUAAAAAGAUAUUUAAUACUUAAAAAAACACAAGGUUAAAACUUCCUCCACAUAAUAUGUAGUAAUUUACAACGUACGAUAUAGGACAAAAUGGUUGGGACACAGUCGGUUCCACCCCUCCCUGAUCUUCCCACAAACAAUUCGGAGCCAACUGAUUCCUCAGUCGGUUCUAAAUUGUUUAUGGGAAGAUCGGUGACCCACACGUUGGCUUUAGAAAGGACAUCCAAUGAACUGAAUGCUCGUUCACUUCUUGUACAAGCACAUUACAGGCGAAGAAGACAACUUGUCCUCUUCUCCAGUAAUCUGUUUGUACCAAAAGUUUAGAACUCCACCUGACUUUUAUGAUAUCCAAAAACUACUCAUGUUUACACCCGUAGCUAUAAUCAUUUCAUUCGAAAUCGCAAAUCUUUCCAGUCUGAGCAGUUAUUAUAGUUGCGCGCGGUAAACAGAUGGCGUCGUCACGGUGUCGUCACAUGAUUAUUUAAUCACAUCAUGAGGACAACCGAGAAACCUGGCUGGCAGCCAUGAAGUUUGCAUCCAAGAAUUCAGUUUGCUUGACUUAAACUUAACCUAGGCAAAAUCGUGUUUUAAAAACAUCAUUCUUGAAAGCCAUCUCUGAGUUAAACUAUUUACAUUUUAUAUGAUCAAAACGGUGGCGAACACCCAGCACUCCUUUGACAAUCCUUGUCCAGGAAAUGAAGCUGUUUGCGUCUAUUUUGUGAACGUUAACAUUUAGAAGAUUGUUAGAGAAUGUGCAAAGAAGAAGAGGAAGCGAAGGAGUCAAUAAAAUGGAAAUAUAGAAAUGCAAUUGAUCUCUGAUGAGAUAAGCCUUUACAAUCACCAGGAACUGAGAUAAAGAAUUAUUAUAAAUGAUCAACUCUUUCUUGCGUGGUCAACAAAAGAAGAUUUCAUUGAGCUGAAAAAGAAAAUAAAAAGUGAUUGAACAUACUGAAGAAAUCUUCAUUCGACGUCAAAUCUUUCUCUGUUGGACUUGGCUUUCAUUGGGGGGAGAUGUGGUCUAUUUUUGGCAAUACGAAAUUAAUCAAAUAUACGAUUUUAGGAAAACUCGAAGGAUGUGGCUGAAAACAAUCUGAGAUAUUUCAACGUGAGCGACGUUUGUAUUUUCUCUGAGGAGCUUUUAAAUUCUGUGCCUGACUACUAGUAAUAAUUAAAUGUCUUACUUACUAAGUGGCGUUGUAAUAUUCCCGUAUUUUUUGUUCAUUUCAGCGACUCUUUCUGUAUCAAAGGAGACAAUCAGUGUGAAAGAUCAAAAAAUUAAACAGCUUACAUCUCAGCUAAAAAAAUAUGAAGAUCUCCUUAAAAAAUUAACGGUUGAUACGAGAAAUUAUCACAAGAGCCUGCAGAAAGCUGCAGACGAUGUUGACAAAAUCAGUGAAAGACUGGAGGUUUCUCUAGGUAUGUGUAACAUAGUGGGUUAAUAUUUGGCAGCACAAAAUUAAGCAAAACACGAUUUUUAACAAAGGUAGCUGGUAAUUUAUUUUGUUGCGUCCAUCAAAAAAAAAAAAAAAGAAAGAAAACCCAGACAAACAGAAUUGUUAACCAAGAACACUUGCCCUGAGAACCAAAUUGCUGAAAUGGAAGAAGUCGUUUUUUCCAUGUUAACUAUUUGGUCCUCAUGGCGGUGGCUGAUGCCGAUGAAAGAAAUGUAGGAAUUCGCUUUUUACCAGUUGAAAAAGCGUUUUCUGUUCGUUAAGUUUGAUUUAUUUGUUUUAUUGCCAUUUUCAGCCGUUAAGAAGAAACUGUUAAGGAAAAACAGAUGCCUCGAGGAAAAAAUUGUCACUAUGGAAGGAACAAUGACCAAUGCCGAAGCAAAAGUGAAGGAAUUGUCAGGUGACCUUUUUUUUUUUCGUUUUUAGUACUUCCUGAAGUAAUUUAAACUAUCUGUUAUAAUGAAAUUUUUCAGCCGAUAAGUCCGAAUUAUUAACGAAGAACGCUUGCCUUGAGGACCAAAUUGCUGAAAUGGAAGAGACCGUUUCUUCCUUGUUAACAGUUUUGUCCUCAAGGCGGUGGCUAAUACCGAAGCAAACAUGGACGAAUUGUUCGGUGACAAUUUAUUUCACUCUUUACUACUUGAAAGAGUGUCUUCUGUUCUUGAAGUUUGAAUAAUUUCUUUUCUUUCUCUUUGCAGAAGUCAACUCUAAGUUGGUUGAGAAGAUCAGUUUCCUUCAGGAUGAGGACAAAAAGAUGCAAUUUGAUCUUCAAGAAAGAAGAAACAAGGAGAGGCUAAACGACAAAAUGGGUAUGAUGAACCAUUUAAAGGAAGAUCUGAAAACAAAACGUACUGAUGUGACAGUAGAAAUACUAGGUUCGUGAAGCGAUCUUAUGAAUAGAUAAACGUAGCAUAACUUCAUUAAUGAGACAUGAGAUAUUUUCCGCGUGCGAUUGAUUUUAACGCGACCGAGUUAAAGUGAUGAAUAUCUAUUGGUAUUACGAGGUGAUGGUACCAAAUUUUAAGAGAACGUCCAGUGCAAUGAAGGUCGUUCUAUAACUGUUGAUUCAAUCAAAACGUUUUUGUCCUUGACACUAAUAAGGGGAUGAGCUUAUUUGUUGACAAAAUUGCUUUAAAAUUUCAACCCCCGUUUUAUAAAGUGAGCUGUUGGUAAACCCUUUGUGUCGUGCAUUUCAAAAAUAUAUUGAAGAAUAAUAAACGAGAAAGUCUCUAUUAGCAUUAAAAAUAUGAAGGUUUAUUUUUCCUUUCAGUGACAAUAUCUAAAACUCACAGUCUUCCUCAAAAUUCGCUUCUAGCCUGAAUAUUUGCCCUUUGUAAUGGAUGAUAUCCGUGAACUAAUAUUCUGGUGCAUUUUCGCACCAAAUAGAGGAUGAGAUUUAUAGUGGAGCUCGCAGAGCGUAGCCCCAUAAUUAUACAAAAUAGUAGUAAUCCAUCAAGCUGAAAAAAUUUGGAUGUACGACCGUACGACCGUACAACCUUACGACCGUACGACCGUAGAAGGUACUAAUUUUAACAUGCGUGGUCAACUGUAAUGCGGGCACGCCAACGCCGCGGCUUUGUUCAGUAGUCCAGUGGUCAGUGCACUGGGCUCCGAGUCGGACGACCCGGGUUUUUAGGCCUGGCCGAGGCAAGGCGUUGUGCCCUUGAGACGUGCGGGAAAAAAAUGCGAGCUUCGCUUUUAGGCUUGGCUAAAUCUAUAUAUUAUAAUUCAUAAACUGGUACGCGUGGAACAGACUCCGAUGAACAUAUAGGCAUAUUCGAUGUUGGAAGGGAAGUUGUUGCAUACGAUGUCUGUCAAAACUUAAAGAAGGGGUUUGUGUCGGAAAUAUAUCCAAGUUUUAAUGCGUUCAAUUUUUUUUCCCUAGCCGGUGUCUACGACGACCUGCAACCUACAGAGCUCAAUGUGAAAAGCGGGGACUGUUUUCUCCCAGAACAAAAAAGUACUGUGCUUAUAAAAGAGACAGAAACGCCUAAAGGCGAUGAAGCAAAUGUAAAGAAGACAGUAAAAGGUGUUGAUAAUUUAACAUUUUGUUGUAAUUGUAGUAACUUGUACUUUAGUUAUUACGUAAGAUAUCAUUGACGCCUCUUAUCUCUUAUGGGGAGGGGGGGAGGAGGGAGUGGGAUGAGAAUGUUGUCAGCAUAGACUAGCCAAGUAUUUAUCGAGUAAAAAUGUUACAGGAUUAUUUCAUUUCUCGUCAUUUCAGUCAAAGAGAACAGCGAGCCUCGCCCGUCAAUGUUAUCAUCUGCAGCCAGAGUUUCAACGAGUGGAACUUUAGUGCAGGACACCUGUCUGAGAAAAAGGCAUAGAAGUGAUCAAAGCAAGGGAUUCAGUUGCGACAGCAAAACAGCUGAUCCGUUGUCCAUGCCUACCGCAGGUAAGAGCAGUGAAACACAUUACCAAAAAAUAAACGAAGAAACAAAGCAAAUGGGAAACGGGUUUUGUAAAAAUCUACUAAUCUCAUUGGCGUCUCUUUCAGACAAAGGUGGCCCCAUCAGGCACCAUCAAUCACCCCUCCCUCCCAUAUUUGCACGACUAUCUACAUCUGAAGUAGGCCGAGCUAAAAAGGAUGACGACUGGCUGGUUAGGAACCAAGGAAACUUUCUACCUUUCUCCCAAAAGGGUAAGUGACAUUUCUAUGAAAAUGCUAUUUUCAUAUAUUUUCCAGUUUACUACUGACAAAAGUUGUCAGAGUUUUGAGGUUUUUGGAUGCCUUUCUUUCUUUGCAGCCGGUGGCUUUGAUUACGAUCCUGAACGAACUCUGCAUGAAAGCCAUUUAGAAGAAAAAGAUGAAAAAUAUUUUUCAAUGAAAGGAAACUCAUCCUUCGAGGCGGAAAAAGGUAUAAAAUGUUUUGAUAAUAUGUACUUAUACGUUUUUUAGUAUGUCCCAUGACAGUGAGUAAGAGACUGGUCAUUAUUCAUCGCCUGAAGGGGUGGGAGCGGAGGAUUUUGGUUGUAUCAAAAUGCAAUGUAAUUUUAAAUACCCUAACUUUUACUCUGUUAGUGAAGACUGAUCCCCCCCCCCUAAAAAAAACCAUGUGAUUCCUGGAAAAUCUUCCGAAACUCGGAGAAGAAGAAAGCAUCAGCACGUCAAAGUUUUUUAAUGUUUUAUUGACUUUCAAUUUUUGUAGACGGAGCCUGUCGAUUAGUAGAAGAAGACCAUUCUAAGUAUGAUGAAAAGUCGCAAGAUGAGUCCUCUGUUAAGAAAAUGUCCUCUGCUAAGAUACGAAACUCAUCCUUUGAGGCAGAAAAA